GCCCCGGGGCCGUCCCUGCGCCUGCUCCGUGCCGAGCGGAGCCGCUCCGAGCCCGACGCAUGCCGGGGCCGCGGGCGCUGCUGGGACUGGGGCUGCUGGUGGCGGCGGGGGGGGUCCGGGCGGGCGGGCGCUGCCUGAACCGGGGCUGGGGCUGGAGCCGGGGCUGGGAGCGGGCCCCGUGGUGCGGCUCCUACCGCGCAAUGCACGGCCCCAGCGCGGGGCCCGGCCCGCGGGGGCUCCGGUUCCUCGGGCAGGAUGAGGCCCAGGCCAUCGACCAGGAGCUGUUCACCGAAUACAAGUUCAGCGUGGACCAGCUGAUGGAGCUGGCGGGGCUGAGCUGCGCCACGGCCAUCGCCAAGGUCUAUCCCCCCAGCUCCUUCACCACGAGCCGCCCCACCGUGCUGGUUGUGUGUGGGCCGGGGAACAACGGCGGCGAUGGCUUGGUCUGUGCCCGACACCUGAAGAUGUUUGGCUACGAGCCCACCGUGUAUUACCCCAAGCGCCCCAACAAACCCCUUUUUGAGGGUUUGACCACCCAGUGCCAGAAGAUGGACAUCCCGUUCCUGCCUGAAUUCCCAGCCGAGCCUGCGCUCAUCGACGAGGUCUACGGGCUGGUGGUGGACGCGAUCUUCGGGUUCAGCUUCAAGGGAGCCGUGCGGGAGCCCUUCGGCAGCAUCCUCAGCACCCUCGGGCACAUCACGGUGCCCAUCGCCAGCAUCGACAUCCCCUCGGGCUGGGAUGUGGAGAAGGGGAAGGCGGAUGGGCUCCAGCCCGACAUGCUCAUCUCGCUCACGGCGCCCAAGAAGUCAGCGCUGCACUUCGAAGGGCGCUUCCACUUCCUCGGGGGCAGGUUCGUGCCACCAGCACUCCAGGAGAAAUACGCUUUAAACCUGCCCCCGUACCCCGGGACAGACUGUGUCCUGCAGCUCACCUAGAGCUGGGUUUGGGGGGGCAGAGCAGGGCCGAACCCACAGCUCAGGAUGCUCAGCAUCUCACUGGGCUGCAGUCCCACCCAGCGGGAUGGAAGCACAGUGCAGACCAGGAGCCUGGGACAGGGAGGUUGGUUGUUGGUUGGGGUUCUGACCUAAUCCCAGUGUUUCUAGGGGUAAACGUGAUCCAGGAUCCCGGGGGCUGCCGCGUGGUGUGCACUGCGGGAUAGUUUCAUGGCAAUAAAAAGCUUUAUUCAUGCCCUUGACA